GGUCAAACUUCGGAUGUCAGGGAGGCUCUAAGCUGACUCAUCACGUCAAUUACUUUGUCUCGACAAAUUGGUAGUACUAGUGUUGUGCUUGGGAGCUUUGCCAACUAGAUUGGCAAAACUGGUUGUGCCUGGUCCACGGCGAAGGGGUGGCAUCGUGGCAGAACUCCUGGGUAUCCGAGACUCGCGGAGAUGAAAUUUAUAGGGCAAUUCAUUAUGAAUCUACUCUCUCACCCAACUUAUAUUGAUCACUGCCGGAGGAACUUGAACCAGCUUCACAACACAACCAAGUACUCUUGAAGCCAACGAAAGAGCUCCAGGUUUCUCUCGGCGGCCCGCUGGCUUGCAAACAGUGCCUCAUCCUUCAACGUCCAAACCUUAGAAAUGUCAACUUCGACGCCCCUUCCAGAGGCCUCAUUAGAUGUGUUCGUCCGCUCGUUCAUGAUGAUCAUAUUCUCCGAGAUAGGCGACAAAACCUUUUUAAUCGCUGCCAUCCUCUCAAUGCGUCAUCCACGUCUCGCCGUCUUCGCAGGCGCCUUUGGGUCUCUUUUGCUCAUGUCCAUGCUGUCCGCAGCAUUGGGUCACCUCCUUCCAACUCUUAUACCAAGAAAAUGGACGCAGAUUUCAGCCGGGAUACUCUUUCUGGUAUUCGGCGGCAAGAUGUUGAUAGAAGCACGGGAAAUGCAGGGAGGGAACGAGAAGAUACAAGAAGAGAUGAAGGAAGCGCAAGAAGAGAUUGAAGGUGAUGAAGAUUCGGGGGAUGUGAUUCCACUUGAACGCCUCGAGGAGGGAGAGGGUGAUACAGAUUUUCCACCAACGAACUCAAGAAAUCGGAGCAAACAUCUGGGUAUCGCAGAAGGUGUCCGAAAUUUCUGCAGUCUCAUAUUAGGUCCGGUUUUCGUUCAAGCCUUCGUCCUUACUUUUGUUGGGGAGUGGGGAGAUAGAAGCCAGAUUGCUACAAUUGCUUUAGGUGCUGCUCAUAAUGUCUACCUUGUGACGUUAGGGACAGUCAUCGGGCACACGUGUUGUACUGCGCUGGCUGUAAUAGGUGGGCGUUAUGUAUCGACCAAAAUUUCCGUCAAGCAUGUGACCCUAGGAGGCGCAGUUCUUUUCCUCAUAUUUGGCGUCAUCUAUCUCUAUGAUUCGUUUGCCACUUCUGCAGAAGAAAUCUCGAUACCUAUCAGCCCCGCUGGCCAUGGAGGCUACCCGGCAAUCUAGCGUGGCGACAUUAUAUCCCCGGCAGUACCUAUUAAGAACCUUCCACUCGAUUAUUUAACUACCUAGCAUAUAAUUAUGAUACACAGCCUGAUAUUCUGUCUCACAUGCCGCUGACAGUCCAGAUUCCAUAGGAUAAGCUCCGCCAUGUUGCAACUAUUCAUUACAUCAAAUCAUCAAUGACAUCCCCAUAAGCCCUAGGCCUGCAGUGAGG